CAACAAAAUUCAACAUGGCGAAGACCUGUCAGGAUUCCUGCUUGUAAACAAAUAUGUUUUCAGAAAGUGUUCUCAUGUGAUCUUAGACCGUUACACUUAGUGGGAUCUGAAAUUGUGUGUGUGUAGAAGUCUGAGCAGAGAUGGAAACCAUCUACAUAUUAUAUACAAAAUUUUAUUCUAUAGGGCUAUAGAUCUCGAAUCUAAGUCUGCUAUACACUAACUUCAUCAAGACAAGAAAGGCUAUCAAUAUCUAGAUCUAUAGAUUAAUAUGCAGAUUUGUUCACUGACUAGAUAUUAUUCCAGUGGAUAUCAAGAAGAGUGACUCAGAAUUUCUGCAUCAUGUCUGUCAAGGCUGAUAGUGUUGUUAACAAUAACAAUGAUAGAAAAAUAAGUAAGCAGUCUUUAGGCAGCAAUGACAGCCUGGCACCUAAAGUGGCCAUUGUUGAAACCUUUGGAGAGGAUCAGUCUUACAGGUAUUCCUUCACAUAUGAAAAGGCAACACUCUAUGAGUUUAAGUAUGAAAAAGCUGCUAAACCAGCGGCCAUAGAUCCAUGUUACAGAUGUAAUAGACGAGUCUUAGCUCAGGAUCAAGUAGAUAUUGGUGUCCUGUUUCACAAACAAUGCUUUCGUUGUCGUAUCUGUGGACUACCUCUUACCAUUCAAACUUUUUAUCGCAAUGAUGCCAAUGAGAGCGAUAGAGAGAUUUACUGCAAAACACACGUUGGUAAGAAUGUAGCCCAAAUCAAAAGUGGAGAGGUUCCACCUAUGGGUAUUGAGGGCCCAUCUACUGGUCCAGGGAAAAAGUACAUAUUUCAGGUGACUGGUUCUAAAAGACCACUCCCUGCCACACCUCCAAAACCUCAGAUGAACAAAGGCAUUGGUUCUAGCCCAGGUAUGGACAGUUUAGCUAGCAUUAGUCCCAGGAAUAUGAAUGACACAUCAGCUUGGACUACACAAACAUCUCCCAAUAUGUCUAUGGAGUCAACUCCAGCUUAUGAAAACUUUCGCCCACACCAAUAUAUUCAGCAGCAACAAGUCAAACCUUCUCCUCAUCCUAAAUCUGUUUUAGUGAGUUAUGAGGACUUUGAAAAUGCUGAUGUAUUUGAUGCUCAGUUAUUACUGGAAGAAAGGCACAGAGAAGAAGAAGAAAGACUACUCAGAUUUUUAAUGGAAGAAAGAGAGAAAGAACUGAAAAGAUUAGAUGAUGCCAUAGAACUGGAGAAAGAAAAAGCUGCUGAUGACUUGCUCUCCUCCAUUGAAAAUCUCUCCAUCACUAGCAGCAUACCCAGAAGUUUAGUGGAUGAGAAAGAAAGAAUUGAGGAUCAUUUUCUACAGCUUAAAGAAGAAAGAUUAAAAGUGGUGACAGAAAAAAUUGCUACGGAAGAAAAAACUAGAAAUGGAAAAAUGAUUGACAGACACUGUCAUGAAAUGAUGACUCUGAUUGGUGAGAAAGACAGACAGAUGGACAGAUUGUGUUUAUUUGAUCACUCCAUGAAGCCACCUCCAGAACCACCAGAAGGAAAGAAGAGUUCAUUAUACAAGUCUCCAGCUGUCUUUGAAGCUUUAGACUUGCGGGCAUUGGAUUUGGCUAACAAAGACUAUAAUACAAUGACAGAUCUUGUUCGUGAUCUAACAAGAACAUGUAAAACUGAACUUGAAAAAGCUAGAGUUUUGUUUCGCUGGGUUAUUGCCAAAGAUGUCAACAAACAUUCAGUCAAUGAAAUAGUCAGACCUCAUGCUACUGACAGGCUACUAAAAGGUGUCAAAAGUGGAAAAGAAACUUACCAUCAGUUGUACAAAAAACUUUGCAGCUAUGCAGGACUUCAUUGUGAAAUUGUUCUUGGCUACUCAAAGGGGGCUGGUUAUAAACCUGGCAUGAGAAUGGAUGGACAGACAUUUAGAAACUCAUGGACAGUGGUCAACAUCAAUGGGAGCUGGCGUCUGGUCAACUGUACAUGGGCUGCACGCCAUGUCACAGGGCACAAGGAUAACUUGCCUCAAAUGUAUCAUAAAUAUGAUGAAUUUUAUUUUCUGACUGAUCCAGAGGAUCAUAUUUACCAACAUUAUCCUGAUGACCCACAAUGGCAGCUUAUGGAAAUCCCACUACCCUUUUCUGAGUUUCUAAAUCUGCCUGUUGUCAAAUCUCCAUUCUUCAAUUAUGGUCUCCGCUUCUAUUCCAAUUAUGGAGCAACACUUAACACUGAUACAGGAAUGGUUGAAGUAAGACUUCUUAUUCCUAAAAUUUUAGGAUUUGGCUCGAUGUUGGAACCAGUUCAUCGCCAGCCCAGUGAACCAAAACAAAUAGAAGGAAGAACUCUUCUCAGACUUGUCAAUAAUGAAGCCAUUUUUACUAUAGCACUACCUGCUACUGGACUCUACUAUUUUUCAAUAUAUGUUGGAGAUUAUUGGAAAUCCGAAUGUUUGGAGAGUGCCUGUACAUUUCUCAUACAGUGUACCAAUAUGAAAGGUCGACCUUCACCACCUUAUCCACCUGUUCCAUUUUUUGGACCAACACCUGUAAUGGAAAAUUUGGGAAUUUCAGCUGAGUCCAAUAUUGAUCCUCUGGUUGUGUGUAACAAUGACUUUAUUGAAAUCAACUUUGUAUUGAGCAAAGACAUUCGAUUGACACACACCUUCCAAUAUUUUGAUGUCAGUGAUGGAUCUAUUACUGAUAUUGAUCGAUAUGUUUUUUUGAGAUCUCGCAAUGACACAGGAGCUAAUUAUCUAAUCCGGUGUCAUAAAGCUGGAUUCUAUAUAUUUUCAUUAUUUGCUGCAGACAUUACAGGAGAAGCCCAGUCAUUGGAUUGUGCCUUUCGCUAUUUAGUAAUAUGCCAAGAACCAAGUCCCACAGUUGCCAUGUUUCCAAAAACAUAUCAGAAGUGGCAUCGAUGCACUUUGCAUGAGCCUCUGACUGGUGACCUUCGUGUUGAUAAGAAAGUCAUAUUUCGGCUGGAUGUUCCACAGGCUAUUGAAGUAUUUGUUGUAAUCAAUGAAAUCUGGCAUCACUUGAAACACAAAAUCGGCUGCGCUUGGGAAGGUCAAGUUAGUACUGGCCCUAUCCCUGGCGUGGCCAAAGUUUAUGCUAGAUUUCAAGGUGCUACAAAAGAUCAAUCAAUAUUUUCUCAAAUGCUUGAUUAUCAAAUAGUUGAUGAUGCUGAAACUGAAAUAUAAUUUUUUUUUCUAUUCAAAGUUUUUAAAAAUAAAUUUCUUCUAGAAUUUAGUUGUAAGUAAAAAAAAAUAUUUUGUAAUAAAUGUACUUUAGAAAUUAUUUAUUUUGAGACUUUGAAAAUUUACAAUCAUUUUUAUAACAUAUUAACUACAAAAUGUGUAUUAGAUAAAUAUUUCAUCUGUAACAUACUCUGCAAUACUCUUGUAAAGGUUGAGUGAUUUAUUUUUUCCAUUGUUUGACUGACUCCUGUAAAAUAAUUUGUUGAUUUGAUUUGAAUUUUAACAACAAAAAAAAAAACAACAACAAACUAUCAUGACAUAUUUUUACAACAUAAAUGAGAAGUAGUGAUUGUAACAGUUUUUUUUAGACCAUUGUUUGAUUGCUUUUAUUUAUUCAUCAUAAGGUAAUUUUGAUGAGGACGCCAACAAAAUAAAAGUUUACUAAGAGCCAACAGACUAUUUCAUUUUAUGUAAAAAAAAGAUGAUUUAGUAGUAGAUAUAUUGUCUUACUAUAUGUUCAAAUUUUAUGUCAUCAAAUCCCCAAAUCACAAUUGAAAUGUGAUCCUUUCAUUUUACAACCUCAACAUUCUGUUAUAUUUUUAAUCAUAGAGUUGUACAGCUCAAAUAGUUAAUAUUUUGUUCAUCAGAGUUGAGUAGUUCAACUUUUCAAUUAACUGUAGGUAUGUGCAUAUGUAAAUAUAUAUAUAUACAGUGCUUUUUUUUAUAAAAAGAAAAAUAGGUGUCAGUACUCAGUGAUGAAUUGCCUAACUUUUGACUACUAUUAAAUUAAUGAUAAACGUUAAAAUACAAGAAAAGUAAUAAUUUUUUCCCCAAAGUUGAAAAAAGUACCUGUACGCGUACCUGUGUGUUCUAUCACAAAAAAAGCCUGGUAUAUAUAUAUAUGUGUAUAUAUGUAUAUGAGCAUAUCUACAAUUAAUUGAAAAGUUCAACUAUAUAUAUAUAUAAAAUAGUUAUUCACUUCAGAUAGUAGUUUUCAAUAAAAAUAGGUGUAUAAUAUAACAAGACUUUGCAGUUAUAGGCUGUAUAGGUUUAAAUGUACAGAACAAUAGUUAUACAUACUGUCAUUGAAACGUCUUUUUGCAUGACUAGUUGUUUGAUGGCUGUAGAGUUCAAUUAAUGAAUCUGUAAUAAUCUUCAGACAUUAAAUAUCAAGUUCUAGUUGUUAUUUUUUUUGUUUAUAAUGUUGGCAUUAACUUAUACCAGGCAUUGUAUUUUUUUGCUGAAACUAUUACAUAGAUACUUAUGUAAAGGCUUAGGGCUGAUAUUGCAUUGGUCAAUUAGUCAUGUCAAAGAUAUACUGUUACUUAGCACUACUUACUUAUUGUUUCAUUUAUAUUAUUUUAUUUAUUGGAUGAAAUAUAAAUCCACAAUGCAAUUAAAGAUAGCUGACACACCAAUGACUAACUAGCACUAACUUGGGAAAGUAGUUUGGUAAGCAUUGUUCUGGACAUUGUACAGCAUUGGAGCUGGAGAUCUCAAACUUUCCAGAAGAAGAUUUUUUUCUUUGCACUAACAUUUAGUAGUUUUGUUUCCAUUGUUCUAUUGGAUGGUGUUUUGUUUCCAUUGUUCUAUUGGAUGGUGUUUUGUUUCCAUUGUUCUAUUGGAUGGUGUUUUGUUUCCAUUGUUCUAUUGGAUGGUGUUUUGUUUCCAUUGUUCUAUUGGAUGGUGUUUUGUUUCCAUUGUUCUAUUGGAUGGUGUUUUGUUUCCAUUGUUCUAUUGGAUGGUGUUUUGUUUCCAUUGUUCUAUUGGAUGGUGUUUUGUUUCCAUUGUUCUAUUGGAUGGUGCUGAUCAUCAAACAUGUAUUCCUACUAGUACAACAAUAUUAGUAGUAGACCUCUCUGUGUUGUAACACUUACUUGGACCUAAAUCUAGAGUCAUGUUUGUUAUUUCCAGACCUAUUGGUAGUGUAGACGCUAAGAGGAGAACUAGUUGUGUACACUUCAGUAGUAGAUUCCUUUGUGUUGUACAACUUUGAUUUUUUUUUUGUGUGUGCCUUUUUUUUUUUUUUUGGUCUAAUCCAAUGUGUGUUGAACAAAUACUAAAAAAAAUUCAAAAAGAAUAACUCCAUAUUUUGAUACCACAUAGCAGCUCUCAAAUAUGAAAGUUUAAUAAUUGUCUGUUUUGUUUUUAUCAGAAGCAGAAAUACUCAUUAGUUUCUCUGAUUUAUUGUUGUCUAUAAGACAUUCCAGGUUCUCAUAGUCAAUGGACAUUUUCUUGUCUAUAAGACAUUCCAGGUUCUCAUAGUCAAUGGACAUUUUCUUGUGAAAUGUAUUUUUCAUUCCAUGAUAGUGUUGAGUACUUUGAAUGAACAAUUAAUUAAAUGUCAUUGUUAACUCAAAGUCUUUUCUAUAAAACCCUUUGGCUAAACAUUUAGCUAUCUGGAACUAACAUUCAAAAUCUCCAGAUUUGUUUAUAUUUGUUUAAAAGCAAGGACUUAGCAGAGUUAAGUCUGUAAUUAACAUGCAGGACUAGAUUGACACAUGCAUAGGACAGAAGUAUCUUCUGUUCAUAAGGAAGGCCCCUGUGUAAUAUAUAGGACAUAUCGACAUUGUAUAGAUUUGUUGCCAGCUCACAUGAUGUCCACAACAAAGUUGUAAGGCAGUGGUAGUAGGAAUAGUGGUAGUGACCACUGGUAUCACUGGAUCAAUGUAAGGCAGUGGUAGUAGGAAUAGUGGUAGUGACCACUGGUAUCACUGGAUCAAUGUAAGGCAGUGGUAGUAGGAAUAGUGGUAGUGACCAGUGGUAUCACUGGAUCAAUGUAAGGCAGUGGUAGUAGGAAUAGUGGUAGUGACCACUGGUAUCACUGGAUCAAUGUAAGGCAGUGGUAGUAGGAAUAGUGGUAGUGACCAGUGGUAUCACUGGAUCAAUGUAAGGCAGUGGUAGUAGGAAUAGUGGUAGUGACCAGUGGUAUCACUGGAUCAAUGGAUUCCAUCCAAAUAGAUAGAACUUUAGACUAGAGAUUUCAUUUGGUUAAAAAGGUGCCUUUUUAAAAAUUCAUACUAAAUUAUUAUUAUGUCAAUGUUAACACUUUAACAAUUCACUAAAAAGUAUAAUACAUUUUAAUAUAAAACA